UACUAAGCCCAAAUCUUUAAUCUGACCACAUCGGAGCGUUCAUAAUUAUUGAGAGCUAUUAGGUCUUCAAACCAACCUCACUGCAAUAAUGGUGAGUGAAGAAAGUUCAAUGCAUUGUGGGGCUUCUCAAAAGACUAAACCAGACCUUUUCCCACUCAAGAUACCUUACACUUUUUACCAGAUGAAAAAACUGCUCUGUGUCCUAGCUUUCCUUGUAAAUCUUUUUCCUUCAAAGUGGCUGCUCCAACGCCCUUAUUCGAGGAUAGAAGCAUGACCAUGGUUAGCUGGAGCAAGGCUGAUGAGGUUCCAGCAGCUAGGCCACUGAACUGCCGCCGUAAGACCAGCUUAGCCGCCGUAGAGUCACUGGCCAUGCCUCUUGUGCAGGAAGUUGUUUUCUUGGCCGAUUUCCGGUGUGGGAGGUGCCAGAAGAGAGUGGCUGAGAUUAUGUCCAAAAUGAAUGCUAUUAAACUGGGUUCUCACCAAAGUUCCCUGUCAGGGCAGGCCCUUUACAUGGUGAUGAGGAUUAAUCUCGAUUGCAAUGCAUGUUGCAGAAAGAUGAGAAGAAUCCUUUUAAGGAUGAAAGAAAUAGAGUCACAUUUUAUAGACAAGCAGCUGAGCACGGUAACUGUCUACGGUAGAUUUGUCCCAGCCGACCUUGCGAUAACAAUAAGGAAAAGGAUGAAGCGUAGAGUAGAGAUUCUGGAAAUUCAAGAACCUGACCGCGGCGGCAACGUUGUGGAUGGAUAUGUAGAAGAAAUGCCCCCCGUCUUAGCACAACCUGUUUAGCAUUCUUAUGUCACUUUGUAGCUCAGAUCCAUUUUCAGGAAUGCUGUGAUAAACUUAUGUUGCCUUAGACAGUAGUGUAAAUUCCAACUUCUCUUUCCCAAAUGAAUUGUUGGUCGCUCUAUAAUCAUGCAACAUCUUCUUUGUAAGGAAAAUAAGGAUAUCUUAUUCAUUUAA